UUCAUAUUUCACCAAGUCACAUUUUCAGUAUUUCAUUCUAGCUUAAUAUUAGCUAAUUGAUCAUGGCUGAUUUUCAAACUUAUUUCCCCCUCUUUAUGUUAUGGCUAAUAUCCACCAUUUUGAUCAGAUUUUUCUUUAAAUCUAAUGUUAAAAAAUCUGCUCAUGCUAAAUCUCCUCUCCCACCAAGUCCUUUUGCACUUCCCAUUAUUGGCCAUCUUCAUCUUAUUGGUUCAAUCCCUCAUCAAACUUUUCAAAAGCUUUCCCUCAAAUAUGGACCUGUUUUUCGCCUCUUGUUAGGUUCCGAGUCAUGUAUCGUUGUCGGUACACCAGAAACUGCAAAAGAGUUCCUUAAAACCCAUGAAAAUUUCUAUCUAGACCGACCAAAUAACACGGCCGUAACUUACUUAACGUAUGGACUUCAAGACUUUACGUUUGCCGCUUAUGGACCGUAUUGGAAGUUCAUGAAGAAAGUAAUCAUGUCGGAGCUUUUAAAUGUCGCAAAAGUAGACAUGCGACGUAAAGUAAGGCAAAAUGAGAUUAAUCGGUUUAUGAAUAAUAUUUCUCAACACGCCAAAGAAAGGAAGCCAAUGCAGUUGGAUGUCGAGUUAACAAAGGUUGUUUACAAUGUGAUCGCGGAUACUAUUAUGAGUAGAAGAUGUUGGGAGGAGGCCGAGGCGAGGGAAAUUAGGACCUUGCUUGCUGAUAUAACUGAGAUAGAAGGUAACUUCAACGUCUCGGACUACAUAUGGUUCUUUAAAAAUGUUGACUUGCAAGGGUUCGGGAAUAGAUUAAAGGAUAUUCGUAAUAGAUAUGAUAUAUUCGUCGAGAAGAUCUUGAAAGAGCAUGAAGAGGAGAGAAAGAUGAACAAAAAGCUAGAAGUGAAAGACUUGCUCCAUAUAUUACUCGAUACGGCUGAAGAUAAAAGCCAGAAGAUACAGUUGACAAGAGAGAACAUUAAAGCCUUCAUUUUUAAUAUAAUUGUAGCAGGAACAGACACUACAUCACUCACCACAGAAUGGGCACUUUCAGAACUUAUCAAUCAUCCAAAAGUAUUGCAAAAGGCUAAAGAAGAAAUCGAUAGAGUUGUUGGCAAAGACAGACUUCUUCAAGAAUCGGACCUACCAAACCUUCCGUAUCUCCACAUGAUUGCUAAGGAAUCUUUACGUCUUCAUCCAGGCGCAGCGAUAAUUCCAAGAAGAGCUGCAGAAGAUAGCACAGUGACAGGUUACCUUAUUCCAGCAAAUUCUACUAUAUUUGUCAACGUUUGGGCACUUGGCCGAGACCCAGAGUAUUGGGACAACCCUCUUGAGUUCAUACCCGAGAGAUUCGAGGACAGCCAGGUGGACUUGAGAGGACAACAUUUUAGCCUCUUGACAUUUGGGGCCGGGAAAAGGAUGUGUCCCGGGAUGUCAUUAGCAUUGCAGUUGCUACCUACAAUGCUCGGUACCAUGAUUCAAUGUUUUGACUGGAAGGCCGGAAAAGAUGGGACUCUUACCAGCGUUGAUAUGGAAGAGGCUCCUGGAAUCACACUUCCUAAAGCAAACCCUUUGGUUUGUGUACCUGUGGCUCGAUUUGAUCCUCUGCCAUUUUAAAUUUGCGUCAAUGCACUGGGACGUCAUGUACCGACUAUAUGAAUAAAUAAAGAGUUACAAAAUUACGUUUAUGUGUGAAUUCUGUACCAUCAAUGUACUAUUUCUAUGAAUAUUUAACUUCAAAUUCUUCCCAAAA